AUGCAUGGUGCCGAUCCUUCUUACAUCACACUUUUCGGCCUCAAGAGCGCCCAUGCGGCCAUCGUGUCACCUAACAAUCCCAUGAACACUUAUACGGACGGGCUUCAAGACUCGACUGGUAGCGUCAGCCGUCUUGAGUCUCACAAUCAACCGCCUCUUGAUUUGGAAAUCGAUCUCGGCCAGAACAAGAUGGCGCCUCCAGGCAACAUCACUCCCUUCGCGCCGGGCCCACCCCGCAAGAAGCAGGUCAUAUCCCUCGGCUUCUACCGCACAGGCUCCCAGUCCCUCAAGGAGGCCCUCACCAUCCUGGGAUACCGCGACGUCUUCCACUCCUCGGCGAUAGUCGCCGACAUGGAGCAGUGGCGCAGCCUGGCCGAGGUCACCGAGGCCAACGUCCCGAGCCUGCCGUCCUACGCCGGCGGCGACUACACGACGGCCGCCGACUGGGACGCCUACUUCGGCCCCUGCGAGGCUCUCACCGACGUCACGCCCUUCGCCGUGUCCCUGCUGGCCGCCUACCCGGACGCCAAGGUCGUCCUCGUGCGCCCUCGCCCGGCUCAGCGGCCGCUGGCUCGAGCCGCGGCUGACGGCCGCGCGGCGUGGGCGAUGUACGCGGGCAUGCUGGGCGUCGGCGACCUGCGCAAGCUGCGGGACCGGCGCGUCCUGCGCGCGGGCUACGAGCGCCACCACGGCCUCGUCCGGCGGCUCGUGCCACCCGGGCGGCUGCUCGAGAUCGACCUCGCGGACCUGGGCUGGGGCCCGCUGUGCGCGUUCCUGGGGAAAGAGGUGCCGCCCGGCGACGUGCCGUUCCCGCGGCUCAACGAGUCUCGCGUCUUCCGCAACGAGUUUAGGAGGCUGCACCGGUCGAUGCUCGCGGCGGCGCUGGCGAUGCUGUGCGGGUAUGUCGGGCUUCCCCUGCUGGUGCUCGCUGGUGCGGUGUGGUAUGCGCGAACGAGGGUGUGA